GAUUGUCAAUCAGAGAGAUCAAUGUUUGAAUCUUCCAACACUCCAUUUUUGGUGCCUGAUUCUCAAGGGGUUCUCAUGGCUGCAAAGGAUGUGAUGAAUAAUGAUGCACCUUGGUUGGACAAUAAUACCCCUCUGGGAAAACAUAUCAUACACUCGAGUAUCAUUCAUGAUCUGGCUAACAGGCUAGGGAUUCAAUGCCUUCGUUCCAUCUCUUUAGUCAGUGAGGAAAUGAUAAAAGAUUUACCCUGUAUGGAAUAUGCAAAGAUCCAUGAGCUUCUUGAAUUAUAUGGAGGGAAAGAUUUCUUGUUAUAUGAUCUUAUUGAGCUUGAAGACUGCUGUAAAGCGAAAAAGCUUCAUAUAAUUUUUGACAAAUGCGAACAUCCAUCCCAAUCAUUGCUGAUACAAAAUUAAGGAGAUUUUUAAGGGGUGACAUGCUUAAUUAUGGAUUAGGGUUAACGAGUUGUUAUUCUAUAACUGAUCUUCCUUCAGUUGUCUCUGGUGGCUUUUUAUAUAUGUUUGAUCCUUGUGGUAAAGCUUUUACUCUACCUUCAUCAAGUCAUUCUCCAGUUGCAAAUAUGUUUACUUUGACAGAUUUACACUGA